AUGUCGGCUCGUGCCCACUCUCCUCCCACAUCGACCUUCAGUUCGCAAUCAGACACGGCGCCUAUCAAUCCUCAGCCAGUCUCGGCCCAAACUCCCACGACAGCUUCAUCAGCAAAAGCCAGCAAGAGACGAUUGUUUGGUCUUGGGAAGAAAAAGGACAAGUCCUCCGACACUGCUGCCAUUGACGCGACUACCGACGCGCCCUUGUCCGAGUCCAGCCCUACACCAGCAGACAUGAACCCUCUCACCACAUCACCCUCUCCGCCCAGUCGCUUUGUCGCAGCUUCACCGACGCGUCUGCCCUUUGCUCUGGCUUCGAGUCAAUCCACUUCGACCCUGGCCUCGUCGCAGAUCUUCGAGCGCAAUGUACAAGAGUCGUCUAUACCCAGCGAGAUGUCGCCCGCCAUUCCGGCACACAUCCAGACCGAGGACCACAUCCCUGCCGUGCUCGAGGCCUCUUCCCUCGCCAUCACAGACAGCCACCUGAAUCCGGAUCAAGUCGAGAUUGUUACCCACACGGCGCAUCAACCUGCUUCCGAGAAGGUCGCAGAGGGCACAGCUAGCGCUCUUCAUCUGGACGCACAGCUUCCUGUCUCACCACAGGACUCACAACACGAGAGCUUCCACUCGGUCAGCUCUCACCAGCAGGACUUCGACGACGCUGCCUCCAACUAUGGCGCCCUAGAUCCUGCCGAUGUGCGCAGACUGAGUUUCAUCUCUUUCGCCGAUGUGGUCCAGGCGGAACAGGCAGAGUCGAAGGACUCGUUACAUCACACUCCCAUGUCAGCAAGCACCUUCAGUCACGCCCACGCUCACUCUCCUCCGCUACCUCGCUCACCAUCACCUACGCGUUCGCCAUUAUCUUCGCAAUACUCGCAAGAAGUGACGACUCCACCGAUCGGGAGCAAUCCAACAUCAAUCAAAGGCUUCGACAUGAGCCCAGUGCGAAGCCCAAUCGGCGGUCCUCACAACCAUCAACACGGAGAGCUCACCAUUGAGACUAUGCGCCAGGCUUUGCGCAAGACGGCCAGUGGAGACUUUACAGCAUCAAAGAUAGCACCCUAUCCAGCAAGCUCUGUUGGUCUCGAAGAUAGUGGUCCGGAAAGACAUGGCUUUAAAUCAUCAGUCAGACACAAUUACGAUUAA